GGCACGCUUUGCAAAGCCACCACAGCCAUGCAUGCUUUGGUUGUGAAGCCCACGAGGGAGUCCCGAUUGUGUAGAUGCACACGCAACCGCCAGCCACAGCAGUCCUCCCCGAAAUCCAAGCCUCUGUCGGACCGAUAGGUACUCCUCCCCUCAGGCCACAUAUGCAUUCCCGCAUCCGCGUCUUGAGGUGACGUGCCGAGGCGCAAGGCGCGACGCCUACGAGCAGCAGCAGGCUCCGCCGCCCUUGCACCGCCCGCCUCACCCCGGCCCCGGCCCCGGCCCCGGUCCACAUCCUCAUAAAUGCCGUCGCGCAUAUCGUCGGGGGCCCCGCCCGGCUCGGCGCCGUGGCGGCUUUUGCUGCUGCUGCUCCUGUCGUCAUGGGCCGGCCUUGGUGCCGCCAUGCGCCCGGCCAAGGUCGCCAGGCUGCGCCGCGAGGUCGUCGACAUGUUCUACCAUGGCUACGACAACUACAUGGAGAUUGCCUUCCCCGAGGACGAGCUGCGUCCUAUUACUUGCGCGCCUCUCACCCGAGACCCGCUCCAGCAGGACAACUUCCAGCUGAACGACGUCCUGGGCAACUACUCGCUCACCCUGGUUGACAGCCUUUCGACCUUGGCUAUCCUCGCCUCGGCGCCCCCUGAGGAUGGCGAUGCGGGUCCCAAGGCUCUCCGUGACUUCCAAGAUGGCGUGCUGGCCAUGGUGCAGUACUACGGGGACGGGACCGAAGGCCCAUCCGGCCAGGGCCUGCGCGCGAGGGGCUUUAAUGUCGACAGCAAGGUCCAGGUGUUCGAAACGGUCAUCAGGGGCGUGGGGGGCCUGCUCAGCGCCCACCUGUUCGCCGCCGGGGACCUGCCCAUGACCGGCUACCAUCCCCCGGCCGCAGCAGACGGACGACGGCCCGAGCCCUGGGCCAACGGGCUGGUGUACGACGGGCAGCUGCUCAGGCUUGCCUACGAUCUCGCGUCGCGCCUCCUACCCGCCUUCUACACCCAGACCGGCAUGCCGUACCCCCGCGUCAACCUGCGCCACGGCAUCCCCUUCUACGUCAACUCGCCCCUGCACGAUUCGUCGCGCGCCGAUGCGCCGCCCGACUCUGAAGGCGACGCCGAGAUCACCGAGACAUGCAGUGCGGGUGCGGGCAGCCUCGUCCUCGAGUUCACCGUGCUCAGUCGUCUGACCGGCGACCCCAAGUUCGAGCAGCUGGCCAAGCGCGCUUUCUGGGCUGUCUGGUACAGGAGGAGUGACAUCGGCCUCAUCGGCGCCGGCGUCGAUGCCGAACACGGCAAGUGGAUCGGAGCCAUGUCCGUGAUCGGUGCCGGCGCCGACAGCUUCUUCGAGUAUGCCCUCAAGACGCAUAUCCUGCUCUCUGGCCAUGCAAUGCCCAACGUUUCAGCCGCGGCGGCUCGGGCAAACUCGGGCAGGAGGCAGCUACACUAUCAGCUGGACCCCAACGAGCUUUUCCCGCCCCUGACCGAAGAGGAAAACUCGCCCGACAGCUUCCUCGAGGCCUGGCAUCAGGCACACGCCGCCACAAAGAGACAUCUCUACACCGACCGGGGCCACCCCCACUACCUCAGCGUCAACCUCUGGACCGGCUCUCUGGCAUCGCAAUGGAUCGACAGCCUGGGUGCCUUCUACUCGGGCCUGCUGACCCUGGCCGGAGAGCUCGAAGAGGCCAUCGAGACCAACCUGCUGUACGCGGCCGUCUGGACCAAAUACGCGGCGCUGCCGGAGCGUUGGUCUACUAGGGACAAGACGGUCGAGGGAGGUCUGGGAUGGUGGCCGCUGCGUCCCGAGUUCAUCGAGUCGACCUACUAUCUAUACAGGGCCACAAACGACCCCUGGUAUCUGUACGUCGGUGAGAUGGUCCUGAGGGAUGUGAACCGCCGGUGUCGCACCCCCUGCGGCUACGCUGGCCUACAGAACGUGCUCGACGGCGAGCGGAGCGACCGCAUGGAGAGCUUCUUCCUGGGUGAGACGGCCCAGUAUUUGUACCUGCUCUUCGACGACCGUCACCCUCUCAACUCGCUCGAUGCCGCUUUUGUCUUCACCACCGAGGGCCACCCUCUCAUCAUCCCCAAGAAGCGAGCAGCGGCCCCGCCAAUUCCUGCCGAGCGAAGACACAGCGCUCCCGUUGUGCCGCUCGACCAAGACUCGUUCCCAGACACAUGCCCUGCGCCGGCGCGCGUGAUGCCACUGUCUGGUUCCCUGACGGCGGCGAGGAAGGACAUCUACCACGCCGCGAGGAUGGCCGAGCUACACCUGAUCCCGAACACACGGCGGGCUCAGGGCAAGAUGGCGGAGAGGCGGGGAUCGGGCCGAUCCGACUUGGAAUCCAACCACACUCUGUUCCCCUGGACGCUUCCACGCUCGCUGCUCCCGGAAGAUGGCACCUGCGCCCAAGUGUCGGAGCCGCAGGAGAUGAUGCUCGAGUUCGCGUCCAACUCGCAGCAGGGGACGAUCGGCAGCGCCUUCAACUUCAUGAUGGGGUCGCAGAACCUCGAGCGGCUGGCGGUCGAUAAGAUCCGCGUGCUCAGCAUCUCGAGCCUCAAGCUCACCCUGAGGCUGGUGCAGGACGAGCGGGCGGCGACAGGCGCCCAGCGCGAGUGGCGUGUCACCAAGGUCAACGGGCUGCCGCUGGGCCGCGACGAGGCGCUCGUCAUGGACCGCGCCAUCCUGGGCGAGGUGUCGGACCCGCGCUUCAACAUGGUGCGCGACCCCGUCGUCGUCAAGCUGCACCAUCUGCACCAGGUCGACCUCGACUAUAACGGAACCGCGGACGAGACUGGUGCCGCGGCGCCCGAGGGGACCAUCACGGUCCAACCGGGAUCUGUUGGGGCGGCCAGGUCGGGCGGCGGCGGCGGGCUGCGGGCGUCGGACUUUGGCGCCCUCGUCAAGUCCUUCUUUAGACAGGCCGCCCUCUCGCUCGACCGUGCCGCCGGGGCCCCCUCCUCGGCCACCUACACCCCCAGCCCGGGGCGGCGCGGGGCACCGUCACCCCCAUCCGGGGGCAGCCCCGGCAGCAGUAGCGGCGCCUCGCCCCCGUACAACGUCCUCGUCAACGUGACGGGCGUCACGCCGACCGGGGCCGGGGCGGCGCCGCUCCCGGCGGUGGACAUGCCGGCGGGCGCGCACGUGCCGCACGUCGGGCCCUUCCCCGCCGACUACCUUCCCUGGUCGACUGUGUUCGCCGCGGGCGACGCGUGCGCGGGCCCGCUGCCCGACGCGGCGCCGCGUGACCACCACGUCAUCGUGGUCCGGCGCGGCCACUGUUCCUUCUCGGCCAAGAUGGCCAACAUUCCGGCCUUCAAGCCCACGGACCAGAGCCUGCAGCUCGUCGUCGUCGUGUCGGACGACGAGGAGGAGGAGGAAGAGGGAGGAGGGGACGAGGAGGGCAGCGGCGGCCGGAGGGCCACUUCGUCGUUCCUGGGAGGGCUCGAGAGGGCGGCCGGUGGCCCGGGCAUCGGCGGCGACUACGGCCGCGUCAUUCGUCCGCUGCUCGACAGGCCACAGACUACGCCGUCGGGCCUGACGCGCACCCACCCCAUCGCCAUGGUGCUCGUCGGCGGCGGCGACCUGGGCUAUCACCACAUCGCCCACGCCGAGCGCCUGGGCCUGACGAGGCGGUACUACAUCGAGAGCCAGGGCCUGAGGGUCCGGAACAUUAUCAUCGACGACGGCGACGACAAGUGAAUGACGGGAGACGGGGCGGGGGGACAAAAUAUGGUUAUGAUGCAUAGCAUGUUUGCAUUGUCGGGUUUCUUUCUUGUUUUUUCAGGCUUUUACCAGGUGUCAAUUUCGCGAGUCGCAAGGCUCCUUUGUAAUUAGACGGGCCAUUCUCGUUUUACAAUAUCAGGAAUGUUUACAAGUACGUUGGAUUCUCUCGAGCAUACGAUGGGGAGCUUCGAUCCCGUGAAUCUAGACACAGUAGGUAUUCAUGGUACUGGGGUUCCAUCGUAGUGAGCCGAAAUCCUAGCUGGGAACUGUCCCAAGCCGAGACCAG